ACCUCAUAUCUACCAGUUGAUCUAAAAACUACAACUACUGCUGGGAGUCAUUCAGUUCAUAUUAAAAGGACAAACAAGAGAAUAAGAUCAUAUUUCAAUGAAGAACUAACCAACUGGGAGUAUAUACUAGCAUUACUGGCCACAUUGACUGUUCUAAUUACAGUUACUGCUAUUAUACUGUCAUCAUUAUUAAUGUCUGGUGUAGCUAAUAACUCAAAGUCAUCAUUUUCUCCCUUUACUAUAAAAACAUCAAAUCAUUCAACAAAUAACAUUGGGAAGGACACGCCAGGGCCUAAUUGUACCUGCACCAAUACUAAUAAUAAUAUAAACACUUCAAGUUUAACAGCAAUAAAGGAGUCAGUAUUAUUUAUAAGGAAAGGAAUAAACACACUGAUACAAAAUAGAAAUAUGUCAACCAGUGAUGUGUUGAAACAGCUCAAUGACUAUAUGUAUCAGGUUGAGAUUAUUAAUGAAUCAUCACUUUCAUUGAUAACUGAGUCUAAUAAACCAAGAAUGCCUACACUAACUGGAUUAAACCUAACAUCUAAUAUCAUUGUGAACAGAAGUGAAGGAUGUACUGUAGAAAUUACAUCAGUUUGUGCAACAUUUAAUACACAAUGUGGAGCCAGUGGAAUACCUUUCAUUAAGGACAAUAAGGUAAUAGUGUCUUAUUCAUGUAAUGCUACACCAAAUUCUAAUACUUCUUCUGUUGUCGGAGUUAUUGAAAAGUUCUAUUAUCCUGAUCUUCAUUUCAAGUGUAGUUGUUAUGCUAUUAGUGGAAUGGUAGCUUGUGAUACUAUCAUUCAUCAUUGUCCUUAUAAAGAAGCAGUUCCAGCGCUGACAGCAACAUUUACUGAUAUUUUUUCAAAUUAGUUUAUAAAUAUUAUUUUAAUGUAUGUAUCAUAUAGUCAGUUUAUCUAUGCAGUUUAUCAAUUUUCAAA